CGGCGGGCUGUGAUUGGACGAAAACAAGGAAGUAGCUCCUCAGUUCAGGCAUUUGUCAACAUAACAUGGCUGGAGUGUAGUCAGCUGUUUAUAGGACAGACUGAAGGAGACACGUCUGUUUUUAUGUUGACUUGUGAAAGUUCUAAGUGCUUUCUGCCGUUUAAUGGGCGUUAUGAAGACACACUGAAGACAGAAUGCACAAACUCGGGGCAGCGACGUUGUCCUUAAACAGGAUUGGCUGGAGUUUUAUUGCACAAAAACGCCUGUGCGCUAAAAAAGUCGUGGGUGUCAGAUCUUUAAGCACCAAUAAGAAUGAUGUUUAUGAUGUUAUAAUAUCAGGAGGAGGGAUGGUGGGCUCUGCUAUGGCCUGUUCUCUAGGAAUGGAUCCCAACUUAAAUGGUAAGAAGAUUCUGCUGCUUGAAGCCGGUAACAAGAAGGAGAUGGACAAGGUCCCAAAGAUGUACAGCACCAGAGUCAGCUCCAUCAGUCCAGGUUCUGCCACCCUCCUCAGCGGUAUUGGAGUGUGGGACCACAUCACGAAGAUGAGGUGCAAACCAUACAAAAAGAUGCAGGUUUGGGACGCCUGCUCAGACGCCCUGAUCACGUUCGAUAAGGAGAACCUGCAGGAUGAGAUGGCAUACAUCGUGGAGAAUGACGUCAUCGUGGCCGCACUCACUAAACAGCUCGACAGCCUCUCGGACAAUGUGCACGUUAAGUACAGGUCCAAGAUCGUGAAGUAUACGUGGCCCAUGAUCCAUCAGGUGGUAGACUCCAUACCUUGGGUCCAGGUCACCUUAGCGAAUGGCGAAACUCUUCAGGCCAAGCUACUGAUUGGUGCCGAUGGACCAAACUCGAUGGUGAGGCAGGAAUUGGGGAUACAUACAGUCAAGUGGGAUUAUGACCAAGCGGCUGUGGUGGCCGUGCUGCAUCUAUCCGAGCCCACAGAAAACAGUGUCGCAUGGCAGAGGUUCCUCCCAACUGGACCCAUUGCGAUGUUACCGCUGUCAGACACUCUGAGCUCUCUGGUGUGGUCGACCAACCAUCACCUGGCGAAGGAGCUGCUAGAGCUGGAUGAGGAGAGUUUUGUGGAUGCCGUCAACUCAGCCUUCUGGAGUAAUGAGAACCAUUCAGAGUUCAUGGAGAAGGCCGGGGUGCUGUUCCACAGCACCAUGUCUGUCCUCAUGCCGUCUGCAGGUUCGCCUCGACAGCUCCCCCCGAGCGUAGCCAAGAUUGGCCCAAAGAGCCGGGUCAUGUUCCCGCUGGGCAUGGGUCAUGCAUCAGAGUACAUCAGACACAGAGUGGCACUGAUUGGGGAUGCGGCGCAUCGUGUUCAUCCUCUGGCAGGUCAGGGAGCCAAUCUGGGCUUUGGGGAUGUGGCUUGCCUCACACAGCUCCUGAGCCAGGCGGUGUUUAACGGGAAGGACCUGGGAGCGAUGCAGCAUCUGUUAGAGUAUGAAACUGAACGCCAGCGAUGCAAUCUACCCAUGAUGGCAGCCAUCGACUUCAUGAAGCGCCUUUAUUCCACGAGCGCCUCUCCUGUGGUCCUCCUACGCACCUUCGGCCUGCAGGCGACCAACAUGAUGCCUGUUCUAAAAGAGCAGAUCAUGGCAUUUGCAAGCAAGUGAUACAUUUUGUCAUCAAGUUGACCAUUGAUGGAUCUCUGGAGCCCGUAAGAUGUAAAUUCUGUGGAAUCACCUCAUGCACAAAACA